UGACGCAGUGACGCACGUACGCGCUGACGUUGACGGCGGCGGCCUCGGUCGCGGCCUGGGGCCCGGUUCGCUCCGCUCCGCUCCGGGCCCGGCCGCCAUUCGCCGCCAUGUGAGCGCCGUGUCCGGUGCGGCCCCGGAGGCCCCGUGAUGAUGUUCCGGGACCAGGUGGGGAUCGUGGCCGGAUGGUUCAAGGCGUGGAACGAGUGCGAGCAGACGGUGGCGCUGCUGGCGCUGCUCAAACGGGUCACCCGCACCCAGGCCCGGUUCCUGCAGCUCUGCCUCGAGCACUCGCUCGCCGAUUGCACCGACAUCCACGUCCGGGAGGCCGAGGCCAACAGCGCCGCCGCCAUCCGCCAGUGGCCUCAGGAGCCCUCGUCGGCCGUGGCGCUGCUGCUGGCGCACCUGCCCCUGCUCCAGCCUGGCAACGCGGCCGCCAAGGCCGAGUACAUGAAGCGGCUGCAGACGGUGCUGGCCUACGCCAUGGAGAGCAACCGCUGCGUGGAGGAGAGCCGCCAGCUGCUGUCCUACGCGCUCAUCCAUCCCGCCACCACCCUGGACGACCGCAGCGCCCUGGCCCUCUGGCUGGGCCACCUGGAGGAGCGCUUGGCUACCGGAGCCCGGCCCCCCCCCCCGCACCCCCCCGAGUGGCCGGAGCACGGGGCUGCGGCGGAGAUGGGGUCGGGGUGGCCGGAGACACCCCCCCCACCCCCACCACCACCGAGGGAGAAUGGGCACCCACCGUUCCAGACGGGAGGCAACGGGAUGGGGGGAGCGGCUCUGCCCUGCGCCCUGCACCCCAGCCCCCUGAAGCGCAACAUGGGGGUCCCUGCCCCCCCCCCCA